AUGAAAGAAAAUAUUGAUCGAGAAGUUAAAGUUACUUCACAUAUACCAAAAUUAAUACAAACACAAUUUGCUCAAUUUCUAAAUAAUCUAUUAGAGUAUUCAAGUGAAUUAACUUAUUUUGCUAUAAAUGCAUUUCAAACAUCAUCAUUACGACGUGUACAAAUAAAUACAUUGAAACGUUUUACUAGCUUUUGUGUACCACGUGCAUGUGCGUUUUAUUAUAAUCUUGAUACAGAAUUUGAUAAUUUUGUUCAAAAAAUGCGUCUUCUUUGUUCAUUAGCUAAACGGACGUUUCUUGAUAUGCGUGUUACACGUAUUCAAUCUUCUGAAGGGAGAAUGAUGAGUUUACCAGUAACACGUCGAUCAAUUGAUAUAUUUAAAUGUAAUAUUAAUCGAUUACGUGAUUUAAAACAAAUUCAUCAAGAUAUUGGUUAUGAUCUUUUAUUACCCAAUGAACAAUUAUAUUUAGCUCUUGAUUUACUUGUAACGGAUUUUGAAUUAUUAAAUUGUGAACUCGAUGCUGAAGUUAAAUUUGCUGAUGUUAUGAUUUUACAAACAAUUAUUAAAGACAUAUUUCUUCAAUAUCGUAUUGCAUUAACUUGGAUUUAUCCAGCUGUUAAAUAUGCUGCUUAUCGUCCUGGUGAACCCAAUGCCGAACAAGAAGUAAAAAAAUGUGAUCAACAAUUAGAAAUUCAAUCUAUCAAUAAUUAUUGUGGUAAACAGAAAAAAUCAAUUAAAAAAAAUGUAGUUAAAAAUUCAAGUUCAAUUGAUGAUGUUCAAUUACGUGAACGCGUAACAACACCAACUACAAAAAAUAUUAAUCAGAAUUUUACAAAUGAUAUGGAUAGUGGUAAUUGUUCGUUAGAAUAUCGAAAGAAAAGAAAAAAAUGUUCUACAAAAAUGUCACUAGUAUCAAGCGCAACAGAUGAUUUUAAUCGAUAUUUAUAUGAGAAAAAACUUUCUAACGUAGGAAUUAUUAAUUUAAAAAAAUCUCAAUAG